GAGGCCUAUCCGACCGGGAUUACGUGGUCCCACUCAGUCCCCAAGAGCUGACCUGGGGAGAGCCCUGGCCGGCCCGGCCCUUCCUUUCUGCACUUAACAGCUCCGGGGACCAUCUUGGAGGUGGAGUGGUCAGCCUGGGGCCCAGCCCACAUCUCUGAGGCCUCUGCCCUCCUCAGGCCACAGGCAGCCCGGUGUCCAUCUUCGUAUAUGACGUGAAGCCUGGCGCGGAAGAGCAGACCCAGGUGGCCAAAGCUGCCUUCAAGCGCCUGAAAACUCUCCGGCAUCCCAACAUUCUGGCCUACAUCGAUGGGCUGGAGACAGACAAAUGCCUCCAUGUAGUGACAGAGGCUGUGACCCCGCUGAGAAUAUACCUCAAAGCGAGAGCGGAGGCUGGUGGCCUGAAGGAGCUGGAGCUCUCCUGGGGGCUGCACCAAAUUGUGAAAGCCCUCAGCUUCCUGGUCAACGACUGCAGCCUCAUCCACAACAAUGUCUGCAUGGCUGCUGUGUUCGUGGACCGUGCUGGCGAGUGGAAGCUUGGGGGCCUGGACUACAUGUAUUCAGCCCAGGGCAAUGGUGGGGGACCUCCCCUCAAGGGGGUCCCUGAGCUUGAGCAGUACGAUCCCCCGGAGUUGGCUGAUGGCAGUGGCAGAGCGGUCAGAGAGAAGUGGUCAGCUGACAUGUGGCGCUUGGGCUGCCUCAUCUGGGAAGUCUUCAAUGGACCCCUACCUCGGGCUGCUGCCCUGCGAAACCCUGGGAAGAUCCCCAAAUCACUGGUGCCCCAUUACUGCGAGCUGGUUGGAGCCAACCCCAAGCUGCGUCCCAACCCAGCCCGCUUCCUGCAGAACUGCCGGGCGCCUGGUGGCUUCAUGAACAACCGCUUCGUGGAGACCAACCUCUUCCUGGAAGAGAUUCAGAUCAAAGAGCCAGCUGAGAAGCAAAAGUUCUUCCAAGAGCUGAGCAAGAGCCUAGACUCAUUCCCUGAGGAUUUCUGCCGGCACAAGGUGCUGCCCCAGCUACUGACUGCCUUCGAGUUUGGCAACGCGGGGGCUGUUGUCCUCACGCCCCUCUUCAAGGUGGGUAAGUUCCUCAGCACUGAGGAGUAUCAGCAGAAGAUCAUCCCCGUUGUUGUCAAGAUGUUCUCAUCAACCGACCGGGCCAUGCGCAUCCGCCUUCUACAGCAGAUGGAGCAGUUCAUCCAAUACCUUGAUGAGCCAACAGUCAACACUCAGAUCUUUCCCCAUGUUGUACAUGGCUUCUUAGACACCAACCCUGCCAUCCGGGAGCAGACAGUCAAGUCCAUGCUGCUCCUGGCCCCGAAGCUGAACGAGGCCAACCUCAAUGUGGAGCUGAUGAAGCACUUCGCGCGGCUGCAGGCCAAGGACGAACAGGGCCCCAUCCGCUGCAACACCACCGUCUGCCUGGGCAAAAUUGGCUCCUACCUCAGUGCCAGCACCAGACACAGGGUCCUCACUUCCGCCUUUAGCCGGGCCACUAAGGACCCGUUUGCACCAUCCCGGGUUGCGGGUGUUUUGGGCUUCGCUGCCACCCACAACCUCUACUCGAUGAGUGAUUGCGCCCACAAGAUCCUGCCUGUGCUCUGCGGCCUCACUGUGGAUCCUGAGAAAUCUGUGCGGGACCAGGCCUUCAAGGCCAUUCGAAGCUUCCUGUCCAAACUGGAGUCUGUGUCAGAGGACCCCACCCAGCUGGCUGAAGUGGAGAAGGAUGUCCAUGCAGCCUCCAGCCCUGGAAUGGGAGGAGCUGCAGCCAGCUGGGCAGGCUGGGCCGUUACAGGGGUCUCCUCACUCACCUCUAAGCUGAUCCGUGCACACCCCACGGCUGCCCCAGCAGAGACCAACGUCCCCCAGAGACCCAUGCCUGAGGGACUUCCUGCCCCAGCCCCCACCACUGUCCCUGCCACACCGACGACUUCAGGCCACUGGGAGAUACAAGAGGAGGACAAGGACACAGAAGAGGACAGCAGUGCUACUGACAGAUGGGAUGAUGAAGACUGGGGCAGCUUGGAGCAGGAGGCUGAAUCUGUGUUGGCCCAGCAGGACGACUGGAGUACUGGGGGCCAAGCCAGCCGGGCUGGGCAGACCAGCAACCCUGGCCACAAAUCCCCAGAGUCAGACUGGAGCAGCUGGGAAGCCGAGGGCUCGUGGGAGCAGGGCUGGCAGGAGCCAAGCCCCCUAGAGCCACCCCCUGAAGGCACACGGCUGGCCAGCGAGUACAACUGGGGUGGACCAGAGCCUAGUGACAAAGGCGAUCCCUUUGCUGCCCUGUCAGCGCGUCGGGAGGCUGGUGCCCAGCCAAAACUGGAUUCGUGGGGUGAUGACAACUGGGAGGGCCUGGAGACCGAGAGCCGACAGGCCAAGGCUGAGCUAGCCAGAAAGAAGCGCGAGGAGCGUCGGCGGGAGAUGGAGGCUAAACGCGCUGAGAAAAAGGCGGCCAAGGGCCCCAUGAAACUGGGAACUCGGAAGCUGGACUGAACCGCUGGUGUGGGCGCCUCCCAGCCUCGGAGAGCAGGCCCCGCAGAUGUAUUUAUUGUACAAACCAUGCGAGCCCGGCCAAUCUGGCCAGGCAUAUCUCACAUGUACAUAAUCAGAGCCAUAAUAAAUUCUAUUUCACA